AAUAAAAUAAAAUAAACUUACAAAAAUGGAAAAAGAAAUAGGUGAAUACUGCAAAAAAGGGUGAAAGAGAAGAAAGGAAAGGAAAGACGAAGAGAAAAGAAUUAUAGAGAUCCUUUCUACGUCUCUUCAGCUUUCUCCCUGUUUUGCUUCUAUUCUCUGUUUUCUAUCUCUCUCUUCCUUCUUUGCUUCUUCUUAGUAAAACAGAGAAGGGAAGAGAACAAAAGAAAAAGAAAACCCACCCAUUUUUGCAAAUCUCUUAGUAGUACUAUUUAUAAUUUUAUUUUGGUUCUAAGCUUUUUAAGGGUGAAAAAGAUGAUGGUCGCUAACAGUUUUGAUUUAUGGCAAAAAGACGCCUUCUUUUCUGCAGCAGAAGAGGUUCAAGAAUCUGCUGAUAUAAUGGAAUCAGCGUAUAGGAUGUGGAUCAAAGAUGGGAGAGAAGGUCUAAAAACUGGAGAUUCUGCUGAACUCUGUCGAGAACUGCAAACUGCUUUGGGUACUGCUAAAUGGCAGUUGGAAGAGUUUGAGAGAGCUAUAAGGUUGAGCCAUGGACAUUGUAGUGAUGAUAUUACAGCAACUAGACACAGACAAUUUAUUGCUGCCAUUGAGAGUCAGAUUUUCCGUGUAGAAGCUUCAUUAAAAGAAGCAUUUAUUGAGGAGGGAAAGCAACCCCUCCGGUGGGUAAAUUUGGAUGAAGAAGAAUGUGAUGAUUUAGCCAUGUUCCUUUCUGGAACCUCUCCAAGCUUGCAACCGUCUAUGAAAAGCACACGUUUAGAGAAUUCACAUAAGAGAAAGGACACAGAUCCUGAUUUCAAUGCUACUUGCAAUGGGAAUGUGUCUGAAGUGAAAAUUUUUAACUUUUCUGGUAAAGAUGCUGAGUGUGUCAUUGAUGUAGAAGACGAGGAAAGUCCUGGAAAAACAGAUGAUGUAAAUUGUGGACAAGAUAGAACAACUGGUGCAAGGAGAACAUGGAGUUCACCAAAUUUUGGUGCAUUGAAAAUUGUAAUUGCUGAUGAAUAUGAAGAUAGAAGCCAAAUCAGGUCUGGCGUGGAGGCCACACCUAAGGAAAAAGGAUCCAAGCCUUUCUUCUGUAAGCAAAGGUUUGGAGAACUUCCUCAGGCCAAGGGUUCAUUUAAUUUAUGCAAUCAGCGUUUUGGCUGGGUUGGUGGGUUACAGAGACAAUUACAAAGUCCAGUGCACUUGCAGUUUAGUUGUUCACUGCAACUUACACUUGCCUUAAUGAUAGCUAUUUUUCUAAUUGUGCCUUUUGUACUUUAUUCAAGUUGAGAGAGAGUGGCUGCUACGACCUGUUGAUCAAGACGAGGUGUUGGAUCUAUCUCCUUAGAGCUUGGGAAUUCCUUCAGGGGUGAAGAUUGUGAUUUUGAAUCUCUUCCAAGUUGUUUUCAAGAUCGGGGAGUCUGAUGAAACUUCCUCUCCAGAUGACAUGGAGCUAGCUUGGACAAAAGUUGGAUGUCAUUCUAGAUUUCCUUUCCACACACUGUAAAUGCAUUGGUAGUCAAAAUACAUACAUACAUAUAUAUAUAUAUAUAUAUAUAUAUAUAUAUAUGCUUGCAAGAGUAUUUGGUAGCAUGGACAGUCCCAUUCCUAUGUGAGCUAAGCUUCAUAUAAUUAAAAAAUAUUACAUCGAGAAGGUUUGUCACUUGUCAAUUGUAGCAUUAUCAAGGACUUGUCCUACCUUUGUAACUCUUACAUUUACAUGGAAUUGAUAUUGAAAAGGUCGUUUCAGUCGUCAUUGCUUGAAAUUUGC